CUUGAUUAUGCUGUGGAUUUGCUACACUAAUCAUAAUCAAUCUACUGCGGCCCAAUCGAGAACAAAAGACAGGCCAUACUUCCUGUACGGGCUCAUCGUGUAGCAACGAUGUCAUUAGCAAAUUAACAAGAGUCUCUAAUUUGUUGGACAGCCUAUAAAAGAUUGUACAAAAGGCUUAAACGAUAAUUCAACUGCGAAUCCUCAAAUAGACACAACACUAAGGAAUUAGUAAUACGGGAAAGACUUUCUAAAAGAGGAACACGCCAUUCCCGAGACAAAAUGCAGAGUUAUAGUGGACAAGGUUACCUUUGCCCAUACUACACUUGUACAUCUCCAUACUGUAUCGCCAUUAGACCUAGCGCUGCCCUUACUUCAACGUUGACUACAAACCGAACUUCGUCAAGCGCUUCUUCUACAAGCACAGGCUCAUCUUUCUCAAUCUCGUCGAUUCUUUCCCGCGGCACGGAGGAUAACUCGUCCAAGCCGGACUCAAAAAGUGAGAUACCGGCUUCACCCACCAAAACUGAGGGCUCAGUAUCGCUUGGGUCUUACGGACCGUCGCACUUCACCGCCCUUGAGAGAUUUCAUCCUUAUCACCGAACGAUUGGUGUAAGCGCUUUUACACGAGCAGGAAGCUGUGGUGGCUUACAAAAGGAAGGAGAUAUUGUACUUAGUACGAUACGAAGUCACGAAGAAAACAAGCCGUGGAACUUUAAACAAGGAAAGCCAAAACGAAUUCGCACGAUUUUCACCCCCGAGCAACUCGAACGAUUGGAAAAAGAGUUCGAGCGACAACAGUACAUGGUUGGAGCGGAGCGACAUUACCUCGCAGCAUCGCUUAAUCUCACAGAAACACAAGUAAAAGUCUGGUUCCAGAAUCGCAGAAUAAAAUGGCGAAAACAGAAGCUUGACAGACAAAAUACGAGCAGCUAAACUUACUUCAUAAGGACAGCUAAAUAGAAGAAUUUAAUUUGUACAUAUUCAGUGAUCAAAAUCUAUAUACAUUGUACUUGAUAACAAUCAUGAAAAUCAAGGCUUGGUACUGUGAAUGACGUGAUAGAUAAACGUAAAAGACUGAUUUAACAAAUUGAGCACUCAGCAAUCUAAACAAAUCAUAUCGCUUACGAUCUGAGGUACCCGCAAUAAUUUGCCUUAAUUUGCUCAAAGUUGGCCCGAAAUUAUCCUAGAAUUUUUGUCUCAAAGACAAUCUAAUGAGAAAGCAAACCCGCUUGGUGUGGGCACUGAAAUACAAGACUACAAUCAAGUAAUGGAGAGACUAUUUACCCAAAAAGGUUCUUUAGCAAACGAUUUGCAUGUAAAAUUUACAUGGCAAGAACUUCUAUGUUUAGAUUAUCAACAAGAAUGCCUCCUGCUGGGGCCAAAUUAAACCAACUAAUUGAAUUGUUACUGUAUCAAUCAUGCCUCAAAAGUCCUUUGAAUGUCUAAUGCAUCCAUAAAACAAAAACCAGUGAAAUAAAGCUCAAUAUAGAAGCAAAAAGCCCCGAUCUUUCCCUUCGUGUCG